AGUUUGCGGGGGCUUGUUAGAAUUUCCCAUCUUUACCUUCACCUACUCCACUACACACUCCACUUCACCUACCUCCACUUCACCACACACUCCACUUCACCUAACCCACUAUCACCUCCACUACACCUACUACCACAUUUUCUUCUAUAUAUAGAUUGUAUAGGAAUUGUAAUUUAUUAAUCUUGUAACACAUCAAUGUAUCAGAUCAAUCAAUCAAUAAAUACAUAAAUUCUUACACUUCGGUUGGUCCUUAUGCCUUGAUCCAGAAAGGAAGUGUUCUGGGAGAAGAUUGUGAAGUACCAGCUUUGCAAAAGACCGAAGGAGGCAAGCCUGUUUUCAAAUCUACCAGGGGUAAAAAUAUUCAGAAGGGUGCAACACUGCAAAAAGCCACUAGUGAUACUCAAACUGGAGCUAUUUACCACCUCAUGGGUAUCUACGUGGUUGGUUUUCUCAGCUCCUUCUCAGCAGCUAUCCUUUACUUCCUCUAUAUUUGGAUAUCCCAAAAGCCUCCUUCAAUACGACAUUUUGCAUUCCUCUGUAUCUCUGGUGCCUUCCACUGGUUUCCCUUUGCCAUCAUUGCAUAUGCCACUAUGAUUGGUAGUGCCUUUUCAACAGCAAAGAGCUUUGCCAUCUCAGUUGCCAUUGCUUACCUUGCUCAUGGCUUGAUACUCAGCUUCCUCACCGCUAUUGUGGCGCAUUUUCUUACCAGACACCAGGAAACAAAGCAAAGCCACUUGCAAACUUGGCUUUGCCACCGGAUUACCAUAGCCUGCCACCUUAGAUUUGCCAAGCUGCUUUCUGGAACAGAAGCCUUUUGCAUGUACUUGCGUCUUUUAGGUGCAAAAGUUGGAAAACAUUGUUCUAUUAGAGCCAUAAACCCUGUUUCAGAACCCAAGUUAAUUUCAAUCGGUGAUGGUGUCCAUCUAGGUGACUUCAGCCGGAUCAUAGCUGGUUUCUAUUCAUCCAUUGGGUUUGUAUCUGGUAAAAUAGAGGUGCAAGAUAACUCUGCGGUGGGGAGUCAAAGCCUAGUCCUUCCUGGUUCAGUUAUGCAGAAGGAUGUUCUUCUUGGUGCACUUUCUGUUGCUCCAAUGUAUUCAGUUCUCCGAAGGGGUGGUGUUUAUAUUGGUUCUCAAAAUCCAAUCAUGAUCAAGAACACCAUGCAUGCUUUGGAUGAACGAAUAGAAGAGAUGGACAUGAAAUACAAGAAGAUAGUUGGAAAUCUAGCUGCAAAUUUGGCUGCAACAACUCUGAAGGUUAGAACAAGAUAUUUCCAUCGAAUUGGUGUCAGUGGGAAGGGAGUUUUGAAGAUAUAUGAUAACAUCAAAAGCUUUCCAGAUCACAAGAUAUUCCAACCUGGAAAGAGUUAUCCUGUCAUAAUUCGGCACAGUAAUAGCUUGAGUGCUAGAGCAAAAUCCGGCUCUAACUCCCAAAUCGGGAGCCCGAUAGGAGUCCCGUCAACUCUGUCAAGUUUCUCGUGCCUAGGUGGUCGUGUGUGCCAAGUUUUGUGUCAAACCGACGCCGUUUGGUGAUUUUGGGGCGUCAAACACCUCAAAUUCAAGUUUCUUAAGGAACUAGUUUGCCUAGGGUGAAAUCUGGCUCUGACUCCCAAACCGGUAACCCGAUUGGAGUCCCGUCUUCUCCCACAAGCUCUCGUGCCUAGGCAGUCGUGUGUGCCAAGUUUCGUUCCAAACCGACGCUGUUUAGUGAUUUUAGGGCGUCAACACCUCGAAUUUAAAUUUCUUAAGGAACUUGUCUUCCUAGAGAGAAAUACAGCUCUAACUCCCAAACCGGGAACCCGAUUGGAGUCUCGUCUUCUCCCACAACUCUCUCUUGCCUAGGCGGUCGUGUGUGCCAAGUUUCGUGCCAAACCGACGCCCUUUGGUGAUUUUGGG